AUGCCAACGGGUACAUUAGAAGUUUUUAUUGCUGAAGGACGCCAUCUUAAAGAUCGUGAUAUUAUCGGUAAAAAUGAUGCAUAUGUAGAAAUUUAUUUAGAAAAAAAAUAUAAACAACGUACAAAAAUCAUCAAAAAUACCAAUGAUCCAGUAUGGAAUGAACGAUUUACAUUUAAUAUUCAUAAGGGUGAUGAUACAAUUCAUUUUGAUGUAUAUGAUGAUGAUCUUAUUGGUCGAGAUUCAGUUGGAAGUGGUAAAAUUAAAUUGAAACAUGUUUUCGAUGAUGGUAGAUUUGAUGAAUGGGUCAAAUUACCAGCUAAAUUAGGUCUCUCAUCUCAUGGAGAAAUUCAUGUCAUUAUGAAUUUUACAGUAAUCUAUGGUAUCAAUAGUGAAUCUGAUUAUGAUCAUCAUGAUUCAAUCCAUAAUGAUAUAUCGUAUAAAAGUAUUGGAAAUAAUGAAUUACCCAUUCGAAUCAAUCCUAACAGUUUAUAUGUACUUGAUGGGAAUGAAAUAAUAUCAAAAAAUCCUUGGUCUGAAUUAUUUCAUCAUCAUUAUAGUCGAUCUAUUUUUACUCCAACAUAUUCUUCAUUAAGACAACCGGGUUUUGCUGUACGCCGAGAUAAAAUUCAUUUUAUUCCAUAUCCAACUGAAAAACGUAUAAUUCCAAUUGAACUUCAAAAAGCCCUUUUUGCUCAUGGAAUUGUAGGCCGUCGACGUUAG